CAAUUCAGGGCGAAUUAUAUCUGUGAUCAUUCGUGAAGAAGAAAUAUCGAUUGAUCGAUAGAGCAAUCAAAGAGGGGAUCCCGCAAAACGCUAUCAGAAGCAAUUUUCCAAACGUGAUCAGAGUCAGGCGACAAUUUGGACAAUGAAGUAACAUUUCCCACUCGCCUCACGUCUCAAGAAUAGAAUUCAAUUUAGAAUUGCGGCAUAUGCAUUUUUUUUAUCUCUCUCUCUCGAAUCCAUGACGAAAAUGGGCGGAGUGAAUCGUCUAAUAGCGGAUGAAGAAAGUGCGCAGGUGCCUCGGCGGGAUAUUGAAUACAUGAAUAACAGUACACGGCGACUUUUUCACAAUUUCACUGGACACAUUGAGGGGGGCACCGCUGUCAAGAAUAUUUUGAAGGAUAUUGACGGGACUGUCAGAAGGGUAGUACCAGUAGCAGAGGAAGCGGAUGUGCAAGGCACAGUCCGUGCAGUCGAUAUUAUAUCGAUAGUAAGGGCCAACGAGUUAACAUUUCUAUAUCUCGAUAGUUACUUCGAGAGAGAGCGCUCCUACAUCUUCCAGGGAGGUAUUGAAUCGGGGAGCCAUUGUUAUUCUAAACAGGCUCAGAUAGGCCUAGAGGGGGAGGGAGAGAGAUAUCUCGAUCUGACGGGAACUGUGCCGUACCCUCCAGCCCCCCGUAGAUCGGGGUUCUUGGAGUCCUUCCAGUCGGGGGUAUUCAACACGCAUUUCUAUGCCAGUUCAUUAUCUGCUGUAUCGGCCUCAGUCAGAUAAGCGAAGGCCUACCGUUGUAGGUUACAAUACGUAG